CGCAGCGGCCGGGCAUGGAGGAGUUGCUGCUGCUGCUGUCGCUGUUCUGCCCGCGCCCAGCGGCUCCGGCGCCGCCUCCUCCUUUUUCGUCCUGAAGCGUGCCAGGAGUCGUGGAUACCAGCGGGGAAGGGGCUAUGGGCCACCUCUCUGAGGUUCGGCUGCUGUGAAGCGGCUGGCGCUCGCUCGGGAGCCCAUAGGCGGGCCAGCCAGGCUGCUGCUGCUGCGCCUGGGAGGGAACGAGUGCCGCUUGCAGCCGGCGGCGGGCAGCACCUCGGUGUCGGUGACUUGGGGGUGCCCGUCCCCCCGCCCGCGCCGCCGCCGCGUCGGUGGAUGGAUGCGCCAUGGCCACGCUGGUGUGCCGGGUGCAGCUGCUGGAUGACACAGACCCCUUCAACAGCACCAACUUCCCCGAGCCCACCCGGCCUCCGCUGUACACGUUCCGGGAGGACAUCCCGCUCGCCACACAGUUGGCCGGGGUGCACCGCCUCCUCCGCGCCCCGCAGAAGCUCGAUGACUGCACCCUGCAAUUGUCUCACAAUGGUACCUAUCUGGAUCUAGAGUCCACCCUAGCAGAACAAAGAGAUGAAUUGGAAGGCUUCCAGGAGGAUGCUGGGAGAGGCAAGAAACACAGUAUAAUUCUGAGGACCCAGCUGUCGGUGAGAGUUCAUGCCUGCAUUGAAAAACUUUACAAUUCCAAUGGACGGGAGCUGAGACGGGCACUUUUCUCCUUGAAACAAAUAUUUCAGGAUGACAAGGACUUGGUUCAUGAGUUUGUUGUUGCUGAAGGUCUGACUUGCUUAAUCAAAGUGGGAGCAGAAGCUGACCAGAAUUAUCAGAACUACAUCCUGAGAGCUUUGGGACAGAUCAUGCUGUAUGUCGAUGGCAUGAAUGGAGUAAUAAAUCAUAAUGAAACCAUCCAGUGGCUGUACACACUUAUUGGGUCGAAGUUCCGCCUGGUGGUAAAGACAGCACUGAAGCUGCUGGUGGUGUUUGUGGAGUAUACCGAAUCCAACGCACCGCUUUUAAUCCAGGCAGUAUCUACCGUUGACGAAAAGAGAGGAGCCAAGCUGUGGUCCAACAUCAUGGAGAUCCUAGAGGAGAAGGAUGGGGUUGAUACUGAGCUACUGGUUUAUGCCAUGACCUUGGUUAACAAGACGCUGUCGGGGUUGCCAGAUCAAGACUCUUUCUAUGACGUGGUGGACUGUCUGGAGGAGCUAGGCAUCGAAGCUAUUUCACAGAGACACUUGAACAAGAAAGGAACAGACUUGGACUUAGUUGAGCAAUUUAACAUUUAUGAGAUGACACUGAGACAUGAGGAUGGAGAUGAGAGUGCUGACCUCCCUCCCAGUGGCCGCAAGGACCGGAGAAGGGCCAGUCUUGGUACUAAUGAGCGAAGGGGGCUAGAACGCAGACGUAGCCGCAGGCACUCAGUACAGAACGUCAAAAGCACUUUAUCAGCCCCUGCGAGCCCAUGCAGUCAGGCAAACACUAGCUUCAUGCUAGGCCAUGGACAGCACGUUGAAGAUCUCAGUGAGAGUGGGCUGGGGAUUGAGAGCCCUGUGGUCUCACAGGAUGACACGGAUGACAGUGCAUUUGAGGCUGAGUUUAAAGGAUCUUCAGUAGAGGAGGAAGAAUAUGAAGAGGAGGAAGAAGAACAGCCAGUCACAGAACCCAAUACUGAGGAUGAGGGGGAGGAAGAGGCCUCUAGGCAGGUCAAAGCCAGUGGGGUCCCAGGUGCAUGGGAGGCUGUGAAUGAAAACCUCUCACAGUGUUCUGAUUCUUCAGCCAUCUCCAGUGCCAUUUCUCCAGCUGAGAGGCCUCCCUCCUGCUCUAGAGCAAAGAGCUCUCCUAGCAGCUCCUCUUUUGUGCCUGACUCAUCUGUCUCUCAUCAUAAUUCUGUCCUUUCAUCACCACCUUCACCUGCAGCAGCAUUGCUAAGUUCUUCCCAAAAUUCAUCAGCAUCCAUUACUCCAAAGGCAUCUCCAACGGUGGAGAAAUUACCUUAUGUACCACAUACUCCUUUUCACCUCUUCUCGUAUGACUUUGAAGAGACUCCAGCAUCUGUGAAGGAAAAGGAAGCAGAAGUGAUAAGGGAAAACAGAUACAAUAGCUAUGGCAGCAGCUCUUACUCUUCUCCACGACCUUACUCUGGUGUGAGUGCCCCUGCAACACCCACUUCUCGUUAUGGGACAACUCUCUCACCACCUCAGGAGACCAAAUCUGACAGGCCAGCUUUGGGUGGUCUUCUUACAUCAUCUUUUCGGCUGCACCAGGAGUCCUUGGCAGCAGAAAGAGAAAGACGACGGAAGGAGAGAGAAGAAAGGUUGCAAAGGAUAGAGCGUGAAGAAAGAAACAAGUUCAACCGCGAUUAUUUAGACAAAAGAGAAGAACUAAGACAAGCAAGAGAAGAGAGAUACAAAUACUUGGAGAGGUUGGCAGCAGAGGAGUAUGAGAAGGAGCUGAAGAGUCGGAGCGUAUGCCGAGGCAGAAGUGAGCUGUCCUUGAACCUGAGAUCUCCUUCAGCCCCAUCCUCACCUGCCCCAUCAUCACCUGUACCCAAGUGCGUCAGCCCAGCAUCCAUAGAGUCCCAGGAAGAGCUGAAGACCCCUUCCACCCCUUGUGGGACCCCUCAGCCUUCAGAAGUGAGUGCCAGUGAACCUGAACCAGAGACAGAGACAGAACCAGAACAGGAGGCUGAGGCCAAGCAGGGAACGGAGACACCCAAGGAAAUAGAGACUACAGAGGUGGGACCAGAGAGUGAGGUGGAGCAAGGACCAGAAAGAGAGCCAGAAGAAAGUGCAAUACUCAGUGAAAAAGAAAGGCAGAAUGAGGAAGUGAAUGAAAAAGACAACUGCUCUGCAUCCAGUAUAUCCUCAGCAAGCAGCACUUUAGAGAGGGAAGAGAGAGAGGACAAGUUAACCAGUGACAAUGAAACUGGUCCAUGGUCACAGACCAUUCAGGAUGCUGGUGUGAAUGAACAGUGCAGCACCAUUCUCAACAACAAGCGGUUUAUGCUGGACAUGUUGUAUGCGCAUAACAAAAAACCCAAGGAUGAAGAGGAGAAGGAGCUGGAGGCGAAGGAGGAAAAGAAGGAGACGGAGGAAAGUGAGGAGUCACUCACUAGCCUAGCCAGUAGGAUCUCUAUCCUUCAGGCCACAAAGCAGGCCAAAGACGAAAGCGUCAAAAAGAUGGAGAUUGGAAAUCUGGACAACCAAGGCAGUGUGAAAGCCUUUGCAGAAAAAUUCAACAGUGGUGAGCUGGCCAAGGGGACAGCUGUGCCUGAAGAUGAAAUCAGUGAACAGGUCCCUGAGAAAACUCCAGCACAGCCGAAGAAGGAAUCUGACUACAUCUGGGAUCAGCUCAUGGCUAAUCCUAGAGAACUUAAAAUCAAAGACAUGGAUUUUACAGACUUGGGGGAGGAGGAUGAUGUAGAUGUGUUGGACAUGGAUAUGGGUCCUGGGGACUCCCUUGUUCCCCCUCCUCCACCUCCACCUUCCUUUCUGGGUUUGCCUCCUCCACCACCUCCCCUGCUGUUUGGAUGUCCGCCUCCACCUCCACCCUCUGCUAAUUUAUUGGCUCCUCCUCCGCUGUUCAGCACUCCUCAGGGUUUAGGGUCACCCCAGGUUUCUAGGGGUCAGCCAGCAUUUAUAAAGAAGAAGAAAACCAUUCGUCUGUUUUGGAAUGAGGUACGGCCAUUUGAGUGGCAGUGUAAAAACAACAAGCGCUGCAGAGAAUUCCUGUGGUCGAAACUGGAACCCAUUAAGGUGGACACUUCCAAACUGGAGCAUCUCUUUGAGUCUAAAUCCAAGGAACUGCCUGUCACAAAGAAAACUGCUGCAGAUGGGAAGCGACAGGAGAUCAUUGUACUGGAUUCAAAACGAAGCAAUGCUAUUAAUAUUGGCUUGACUGUGUUGCCCCCUCCCCGCACUAUCAAGACUGCUAUAUUGAACUUUGACGAAUAUGCCUUAAACAAGGAAGGAAUAGAGAAAAUCCUGACCAUGAUCCCAACUGAGGAGGAGAAGCAAAAGAUCCAGGAGGCACAGCUGGCAAACCCCGAUGUCCCCCUGGGCAGUGCCGAGCAAUUCCUUCUCACCCUCUCCUCCAUCAGUGAACUCUCUGCCAGGCUCCAGCUCUGGGCUUUCAAGAUGGACUAUGAGAUAGUGGAAAAGGAAGUUGCAGAGCCACUUCUAGACCUGAAGGAAGGAAUGGACCAACUAGAGCACAAUAAAACUUUGGGAUUUAUCCUUUCUACUCUGCUAGCCAUUGGCAACUUUUUGAAUGGAACCAAUGCCAAAGCUUUUGAGUUGAGCUACCUCGAGAAGGUUCCAGAAGUCAAGGACACAGUGCACAAGCAGUCCCUCCUGCACCAUGUCUGCACUAUGGUGGUCGAAAAGUUCCCAGACAGUACUGAUCUUUAUUCAGAGAUCGGGGCCAUUACUAGGUCAGCCAAGGUUGACUUUGAACAACUCCAGGAAAACUUGUGUCAGAUGGAAAGGCGGUGCAAAGCAUCGUGGGAUCACCUGAAGGCUAUAGCAAAGCAUGAAAUGAAGCCAACUCUAAAGCAAAAAAUGUCUGAGUUCCUUAAAGACUGUGCAGAAAGAAUUAUAAUCCUGAAGAUUGUUCAUAGAAGAAUAAUUAACAGGUUUCACUCAUUUUUGUUAUUUAUGGGCCAUCCUCCCUAUGCAAUACGUGAAGUGAACAUCAAUAAAUUCUGCAAAAUCAUCAGUGAAUUUGCUCUGGAAUACCGCACCACCAGGGAACGAGUUCUGCAGCAAAAACAGAAACGAGCAAACCACAGGGAAAGAAACAAGACCAGAGGGAAAAUGAUAACAGAUUCCGGCAAGUUUUCCAGCAGCUCACCCCCCUGCCAGAGCCAGCCCCAGGGCCUGCAGUAUGCCGAAGAUGCUGCAGAGCAUGAGAACAUGAAGGCUGUACUGAAGACCUCCUCCAUUGGUGGGGAAAGCACCACAACACUUGGGGUCCGCACUCGAAGCCGGGCCAGCCGAGGCCGUAUUGGUUCAUGGAAUGCUGGCAACGACGAUUCACCUAAUGCAACAGAUGAUGCAGCAGAUGAGAUCAUGGAUCGCAUUGUGAAGUCUGCCACCCAAGUGCCAAGCCAGCGAGCGGUGCCUAGAGAGAGGAAGCGGUCACGAGCAAAUAGGAAGUCAUCCCUGGAAACAAAAUGUCCACUGCUGCUUGGAUGCAAAGUAGUUAUAAAGCAGGUUAACCAUCACAGGGAAGAAAAGCAUUUCUGGGAAGUUAGGACAAAGAGGAGACAACAACAUGAGAAGGACACUAAAGAGUGGACUAACACCAGAAGAAGCCAAAGCACUGGGCCUCAUCAGCACCUCUGAGAUGCAGGUUUGACAUCCUGGAGGUGGUGACGGGAAGAGCCGUUCAUCUGAAGCACACAGGCUGACAGCUCUUCAGUGUGGCAUUGACCUGCCAGCCUCCUCUGCUGCUCCCAACAUCCCAUCCUCUGUCUGUUCAAUUUUAAUAAGCAACGAGAAGCGAAACCCCACAGCCAGGGCAGAAGAAGGGUGUGCCGCAACUCAGCACAACAUCUGGACAGAAACUGAGGAAAUGUUUGAGUGAAGGGUGAAAGUAGGUGAAAGUAUAUGGCGGCUUCUUCUCAUGAUGUGUUGGUGUGGGUAGCGGGGGGCUCCCUCCGAGUUAUCUGUCAUUAUGUGAGCUGUGUUUACGUUGGCUUACCUUGCACCCUGUUUUAGUCAUUGUAAAUGUAUGGCAUCUUGUCAAUGCAACAAAUAGUCCUUAAAGAGGCAAAAUAAGUCCUGUUACAGCAACCCCAAUUUUCCUGAAGCGGAUUCAUUAAGCAAAGAUGCACAGUCUGUGCAACCCUGUGGUUUGUUGGGUUUUUUAUUAUUUUGCCACCAAAGAAUGUAAAAAUGUAUGUGUACCUUUGUAUAUGUACAAAAUGAAUGUGUGGACGUAUAUGUGCAAGUAUCUAUACACAUACAGUCGUGGUGUGAAAUCAUGCUCUUGCUGAAGCUAGCUGGACUAUGAUUUUCACUCUGGGGCCUUACUGUUCCACCUGGACAGGAGGAAAAGAAUGUCUUUUCAUAGGAACUCAGUGUUAUUCAGCGGGAUUCACGCUGUUGGGCAGGAGAUGGCAAAGUUUAGGAUCCUGAAUUCAUAUGUAUUAAUACACACUCAUACUGUAAGUAGCAGCAUGCACACAAAGGAGAGGACAUGGUAUGCCUCCCUCCUGUUGAGCUAUGGCUGUACGGUGCAUUUGUACAGUUUCAAAGAGACCUAUGCCAACAAUUUCACAUACUUGAUAAAUGCAUUCAGAUGCUAAGAUCAAGAAGUUUUGUUCACUUGCCUGUGCCCUUCAUGCUGCUUUUCUCUGCUGCAAGAUAAUGUGGUGGUGAUUUUAUUUCAAAUUAAUGGAUCUGAAUAUGAAAUGGCCCUGCUAAAAGCCUGCUGUGUUUUUGCUGUUCUUUAUUUCUGUGACUGUUUUUAAUGCAAGUGGAGAGGGUACGACAGUGAACACUCUAAUAUGUUUGCCCUUAUCUCGCUCUUUUGUAACUUUUAUAACUGCCCUCAGCAUGUGUGUCUGAAGAACUUUUAGUCAACUCAUCUGCCUUUAAGUGAAGGGACAUAUACAGCAGUGAAAAUGAAUUGAACACAGUCACCCUAGCCAGUGUUGAAGCAUUUUGAAGAGAACUGCAAACAACAAUAAUAUAAAAGGGAACUUUUAAAGCCAAAGUCUGUAUAUGGCAAAUUGAUCCUCAAGGGUUUUCUUUCCACUGCCUUAGCCUCCAAGAUUAAGGGUAUGUCUGCACAGCAGUAACAGCUGAGGCUUCCUCCAAGCUAGUUAACUAGGGAACUGCGGCAGUUUAGUCAUGGUAACAGGGUUCGAUUUUGGCUGCAAAACACACUUGAAAAGUAGGGUUGUUUAACAGCCUAUGCUGGGCUGCUAAUGCCAUAGCUGUGUUACUUCUGGCAUCCAAGCUAGGGGAGAUACUUCAAGUUAUUCAGCUCUCAUUAAAGAGAGGAAAAUCACUGAAGGUUGUUCAGGGUAGUUAAACCAAACACUAUAAACCUUUGAAACCUCGGUCAUUCAUCACAUCACAAUGAUCAUAACUUCGAAGUUGUGAGAGAACCAGGUAGCUGAAAACACUGCAGUGAGAUUUGUGGUUGAACAUCCUAUCUGUGCUGUUUAUUUUUUUGAUCAUAACGUUUCAUUCUUUAUCUGCUGAUGCCUUGGAUCUUCACAUGUCAAAGUCCAUGGGGUAAAAAGUCACUGAUGAGUAACAAUUCUUAAGGACGGCAAUGAGUUUCAUGUGGUUUUCCUCUCAACUUGUUAAAAAGUGGAUUUUACAGGUAGGCAGAAGGCAGUAGUUGUGUAAUUAAUAAAAUGUGUUGUGUAUUUGAAAGCUAUGGAAGGGGAAGCUGGUUAAGAUACAGAAGGAAGUGGCAUAUAAUAAAUUUCACUGUAAAAUAAGUAAGAUUGAAGAGCAUCUGGGUUUUAAAGUGGAUCUUUAUGUGCUGCUCACCAUUAUGGACUUUUAAAAUCUCUCUUAAGAGAAAAGGUGCUUAGGACAAAGAAAUGAAGGUUAUGGGGGUUUGUGGAGGUCUUUGAAGUCUGAAAUGACAGGUAGACACCCUGAAUGUAAUGAUUAUGUUAAACUGCGAUACUUGCUGAAUGAUAAAAGAAGCAAAAAGGCAACAAAAUACAUCUAUGCUGAUGCUGACAGAGGUCCUAUAUUUUAUUGGAGGGAGAAAAUCAAACACAUUUUUAAAACUGAAUAUUUUAAAAUAUGCUGAAUGUGCAAAGUGGGUGGCUCUUGGUGACCACUUGCUAACAGGAAACAAAUUUGUGCUUCAUUAGUACAGUAUCAGUGUUUGAAAUACGAUAUAUAACAUCGUUGAUGAAUUACUAACAGUUGGGCAUAUGUAUUUUCCAAGAAUUGUGCAAAAACUUUGCAAAACUUUUUAUGCUCCUUAUGGAGGGGAAAAUGCAGUUUGGGGAAUGGUGUUAGAAUAAGUUCAGGGGGAAAAAUAACAGCCGGUUUCUUUGAUAUUCUCUGGAUGCAAGUGUCUCACAUCUGAAGCUUAUUCUUCCUUGUCAAUUUUUCCAUUAUGUUUAGUUUUCUAUUGCUUCUCUCUAUCUGUGAAACUGAUACCCAUUUUUCUGAAAAGUAACUUGGUCUUGUUUUUGCAGUAGUGUACAGCUCAGAUUAAUUCCACAUCCUCAGCGUUUAUUGCAACCAGAUCAUCAAACACAGUAACUUGCAAUAGCUACAGAAAAGAUUUCUAUUUGGGUUCCUGAUAAAAAUGGCCAGUGGCCAUCUGUAAGGUGGCAGGAUUUCCUCCAGAGUUUGUCAGCAUGUCCUACCUGCGGGAACAAUAUUUGUUCCCCUUCACUUAACUAGUGGAUUCCAGAUGAAAUGGAGGAAUUGAUUACAUUUGCAUGACUCUGUCUAAUCAGGUUGUAACCUUCAAAUUUUGAGUUGCUGCCUGCCCGCCCAUCAUCAAAAGAGCCAACCAUAAGGAUAUCAUACUUGGUUUUAAAUGUGUGUGAGAUACAAAUUGGUUUUGUGACAAAUAUAAAGGUAUUGGAAACACGAUGUAUUAACACAUGUUCCCAUUUCUCAUUUAUAGUUCCAUGAAGGCUGUUUUUAAACAAUCGUGGCCACAAUAACUACCUCCCUUCUCUUUGCCAUAGUACCAGUCAGUUGCAAAUUUAGUACCCGGAGUUUUGUACUUCCACCAAGCUCUCAGAGUUGCUGCUGGUGUUCAUUUCAACACCCAUCUGCUGCCAAUAACUUGUCUGUCCAUCUGCCACCAUAACGCCUUCCUGAUUCGGAUGCUGAGUAAAUUUUAGCAUAUGAAGUGACUGCUAAAGGGAAGCUAUCCUAAUUUCUUUCCAUCUCCCUUGGUUUUUAAAAGCAGACUGCAUACAAAUACUUUGUAUUCCCUCAUUCCCAGCUGAGGGGUAACUUUCAGUAGCAGUUAUGUGGCUGCGGUGAAGAAACACCCCCAGGGAAUGCUGUGUGCCCCAACUGAGAGUGAAAGAUCCCUCACGAAAGUUGCAUUCAUCACUCUUCACCUUUCAGUAAGGCCAGGCACCAGGCUUAUGGAUUCCAGAUGUUUCAUAGCCCCUUGGCUGCUACAUGUGACCCUUCUGUUUGAUAGUUACCUGUCCAUAACCCAAAAUCAACAAAAAGUGUUUUUUUAAAUGAGGGUCUUUCUUGCUCCAAUAAAUACUGGAAACAGCAUCAAAAGCAGUUUUCAAAAUACAUUUCUUUUUCCCUUUUGACACCCUUUUAUUGUGAAUCUUUGCAGUCAUUGACUGUCAGCAAAAUAAGGCAUCAGUUUUAUAGACAGACAAGACAUUGGCUUUAGCUUAAUAGAAAAUCACAUGAAUAUCUAGAUAAGAGUGCUCCAUUCUCCCUCAAGGUACUAGACAAUGUGGCAGGAUAACACCUUAAAUCCCCUGUGUGCUAUGCCCUAAGCGUACCACACAAUACUGUGUAAGUAUUGUUUUUACAAUGCUUUGAUUUCACUGAGAUGAGAUGGGGACAAGGUGCUAACCUACCAGUUUCACGUCCUUUAUCCUCCCGUUCCCUCUCAUAAGUAGGUGUACAUGCUGCCUGCUUUUAUCUGAAGGUUGUACAGGGACAUGGUGUCAGACAGAAGCACAAGCAUAUUCCUCUCUCAUUUUCACUCAUCUGUGCUCACUACACACGUACCUCUCCUCUCAUUAUCUUCAUGGCGGGUUUUGUGUGUGCAUGCAUAGGCAAAGCCUGACCCUGUGCUGUGUUUGGAUUAUGGCUUUGUAUUUCCAGCAUUGGGAUGCAAGAAACACUUGCCUAAGCUGCAAGGACUAUGACUGUUGAUGUUCCUCUGCAGGGAAAACUGCCAGGUACUUACAGGCUCUGAAAGAAAAUAAACUGAAGCAUUUUUGAAAGAGAAAAAUGUUUGGUUAUAGGGAACUGUUGAAAAUCAUUUGCAAACAUGCGACCAAGAUGUAAGGCCUACCUUUCUUCUUUUCAGCUGGGGCAACAACUGGCUCAACUGGCAUUGCAGAUGCAAUCCCAAUAAGUUUUUGGCAAGUGGUUUGAUAGUUACAUAGCAAGAGACGCGAGGAGUUUCAGAAAUGUUGUAUAGUUUUAUGUUUACGCAAAAAAAAACUAUUAAAAUUAUUUCUAAUUAGUCCAUUUCACAUUGAGUGGCAGAUAGAGAUAUAUUUUGUUUAAUCACUAUCUAAUACAGAGGCUUCUGUGAAAGAAAAGGUUUAUUUGUAGCAUUGGGAGCAUUUCUCCUUUUUAAAGACUGUCUUUGCGCGCAUAGUGUCCUUUUUCGUGAGCUGGGAAUUAUUGUAAAAAAAAAUGUAAAGUAGAAAAGGACGUGUUUCUUAGACGAAGGAGAAAUACUGUAAAAUUGUGUAAAUGUCACUACUCAUGGGGGUUUUUCAUGUUCUGUGUAGCAUAGUGUAAAAUAGGCUUUCCAGCAGUGUUAUUCUGUGAAUUGUAAUUUAAAAAACAAGCCAUGCAUGGUCAGAGAUAUUACCUACAGGUCCUUUUGGUUGAGUUUUUGGUUUUGUUUGUUGUUUUCUCAUUUUAGGUGAAUUUAUGUUAAAUUUAAUUGUCCGUGAAACUGCAUUUUUUUGUUUCUCAUUUUUAUUUCAUAAAGAACUUGAAUUACUCUUUAAGGUUUUAUUACACACAGAGCUCACCUACCAUUUGUAUCUGUCCUUCAGAGGCUUUGUCACACUUAGUGUAAACGGGAGGUGGCGGUGCUGUGUGUUUCUUUUCAAUGCACCCCUCACCUGCCCCUUCUCCCCCCACUCUCCCCACUUUACUGUCUGGAAAGAUGCAAUCGCACUUCUUUUUUCCUUUAUUUUAUUUUUUCCUUUUUUUUUUUUUCCUGUGCCAUGCAGGGUCAAUAUGGAAAACUGACCACAGACCUGUGUCCAAAAUUUCUUGAUAUAAGUAGUUAAAAAGCUCACCUCUACAGCAUUAUGUAAACACAUCUUGCAAUAAAGCUUUAUAAAGCACUGA